CUGUCAUCAACACACACAACUUCGUCAUACCUAUUCGCAUCUGCAAUCCACCUGCAUGGUUGCUUAUUCACAAGGUGCUCGUAGUAGCGUUGGAUCGCCACAAGAAUCCAGGUCACGUUCGUCCUUUCCAGCAUGGGGCAACUGAAGAUUUCUAAUUGUUUACUGUCUUUCUCUUCUGCAGCAGAAGCCUCCAUUUUCCAAGAUGUCUCUCUUCAGGCGUUCCGCUUCUUUUCUGCAAUGCAGCAAGCAUAACUCACUUGUUGCUUCGUCCUACCGAUGCCUUACAUCCGCAUCCGCUAGCCCAGCAGUUGCGACGGUUCCGGAUGUAGAACCUUAUGUUUCUCAUAAUUUACCACCGGACAAACCGCUUCAAAAUCGUCGCAAUGCAAUAAAAAAUGCCAGGCCCUUUUCCGAUUUCCUCACUGAUACCUACAAUCGAGAACAUAAUUACCUUCGAAUAUCUUUGACAGAAAAAUGCAACCUGCGAUGCCUGUAUUGUAUGCCGGAAGAGGGUGUUCCCCAAUCGCCACCUCGAGAGCUUCUCACUACCCCCGAGAUAUUCCUUUUAUCAUCGGUGUUUGUCUCUGAGGGCGUAACGAAGAUUAGGUUGACUGGUGGUGAGCCUACAGUACGACGAGAUAUUCUCCCACUGAUGCACCAAAUUGGAUCACUGCGGUCGCAGGGCCUACGGGAACUUUGCAUAACAACCAAUGGCAUAUCUUUACAUCGAAAGUUGGACAGUAUGGCAGAAGCUGGGUUGACUGGAGUAAAUCUCAGCUUGGAUACACUGGACCCAUGGCAAUUUCAAAUCAUGACGAGGAGGAAAGGAUUCGAAGCGGUUAUGAAAAGUAUUGACAGAAUUCUGGAAAUGAAUCGGCUCGGUGCUGGAAUCAAGCUCAAGAUCAAUUGCGUGGUUAUGCGAGGAAUGAAUGAACGCGAGAUAGUUCCUUUUGUGGAACUGGGCCAGGAACAAGAUAUCGAAGUUAGAUUUAUUGAAUAUAUGCCCUUUGAUGGGAACAAAUGGAGCAAGGGAAAGAUGCUACCCUUCCAGGAGAUGCUGGAUAUUAUCCGGGCCAAAUACCCGUCGUUGCGGAAAGUUCAAGAUCAAAAGAAUGAUACCAGCAAGACGUAUGAAAUUCCGGGCUUCGUUGGGAGAAUGGGUUUCAUUACGAGUAUGACGCACAAUUUCUGCGGAUCUUGUAACAGAUUGCGGAUCACCAGUGAUGGAAAUCUCAAAGUAUGUUUAUUUGGAAACGCUGAGGUUUCUCUUCGGGAUAUCAUCCGUAAGGCGAAUGAUGGAAACCCUAUUGAGGAAGAGGCUUAUGAAGCCAUGAAACAACUUGAGAUGAAUAGAAAAGAAGGCUUGGGAUCUUCGGAGAGCCCUCUUGGUCGAUCAACACACGAAAAGGAACUCCUCGAUGUUAUUGGUCUGGCUGUCAGUCGCAAGAAAGAGAAGCACGCCGGAAUGGGAGAGUUGGAGAAUAUGAAGAAUAGACCAAUGAUUUUAAUAGGUGGGUAGGAUUUUCUUUCUUUUUCACUCAGGGUAAAGUGCUUUUUACAAUUUUUCGGAUACCCAAAUGUAUGUAUGUGUUAGAUAGCAAUCUGAAGAUAUGUAAGAGUAAGCGAUGUGUUUGCGCGUUUUUCGAUUUCUGUACUAAUUUGAUGCAGGAGGGAGAAACGCCCAAAAGCCAAUUAGAACGUCCCCCCAAGUAAUUCCUUCUUUACGACCAUGGACCAGAAUUCCAACUCACUUCCUUCUAUCGCCCACAACCCUCACUAGCGCUCGUCAUUACUCUACUAGAAUCCCACCCUCACCCAGCACUACUGAAACAAAAACUGAUAAUAACACCUCGUCAAACCCCACACUUACUCACCUAACUCCUCAAGGAAAUGUACACAUGGUAUCCAUCUCCUCCAAAACCCCAACUGUUCGUACGGCUAUUGCCAAAUGCACUAUCCAUUUCUCAAACCCGACAGCUAUCAAAUUGAUCCGCUCAAACGGUGUAAAGAAAGGAGACGUACUUGCCGUAUCCAGAAUCGCAGGAAUCAUGGCCGCAAAGAAGACGGGGGAGUUAAUUCCGCUCUGUCAUCCCGUUAGUAUCACAGGUGUGGAUAUUGGAUUGGAAGUUUGCGGUGGCGAAGACUUCGAAUCGACAGGAGAAGUCAGUUCUAGAUGGCAGGGUACGGGACAAGGCGAUGCUUAUCCUUGGCACCGUCAAGACUUUGGUCAUGUAGAGGUUACUACGACCGUUACUUGUAAGGGAAAGACGGGCGUGGAGAUGGAGGCUCUUACUGCGGCUGGUGUGGCUGCGCUGACGGUUUAUGAUAUGUGUAAGUCUGUGGAUAAGGGAAUGAGAAUUGGGGAUUUAAGGGUUAUUAGGAAGGAGGGAGGAAAGAGUGGGUUGUGGGUUGAGGGGAAGAAGGAGAAUGUGGAAGGGAAGUUGUGA